AUGGGCAUCUGUGCAUCCUGCCUAGGCCUCAAUCGGCGUUCCUCGCACGAAGUCGAUGAAAGUGACCCGCUGCUAGAUCACGCUCAGCAGAACCAGUAUGGCGGCGUUGGAGGAGAGGAGUUUGCGGAGCCGGACGAGGAGGAGUUGAGGAGGCAGAGGGAGGCGUUUGAUCGAAUUACUGCUGAAGCGGCGAGCAACAUGAUAGAUAUAUCACAAGCGGAUGCCGCUGACUUGAGACGUCAGUUGGCCGCCACCACGCAUGGUCGGCGACACAGCGCAAAGCAUGAGGAUAACAGUCCGACUGAGGCCGAUCAAGACGGGGCAGCCGUAGGAGAGGAGGAUGAAGAAACCGCAUGGUUGCAGAGCGUACAGUCGGCCAAUUUGGCGUCUGAGGAGGACGUCAAGCGCUUGCAAAGCGGCCCUCGCGUGGUAGAUAUGAGCCAGCUGCGCACAGCGUUGCGCUAA